AUCCCAACUGUAGUAAAAUUUUGCCUCUUGGUAGAAUAGAAGAUUGCAAGCAAACCCCGAGCAUCUUAUUACAGAAUCCUGAGACAACAGUUUCUUGUUUCAAAAGCUCUUACAGGAGUCAAAUUGGAUGUUGUUGCGGGAGACAGCCUGCAAGACUUUGCUGCAGGUUUUUGCCACCAAUCCCAGAAUCACUGUCUACAUCUUUGAUGUACACAAUACUUUUAUUUCUUGGAUUUGUCUUUAUGAAUGUAAUGCUUGUCCAAAGUAUUCAAGAAAGCAUGAUAAGAGAGUUUUCAUAUUUCGACGAAACUUGUGAAGUAGCAGAAGAGAAGAAAUUUGGAGAAUGUUCAUAUAUUGUUGGUAUUACAAUGGUUUUGAGGAUAUGUUUAGCCUUGUCUUCAUUUCAUUUCAUAUUAGCAGUUCUAACCGUCAAGGUAGCUAAUAGUUCAAGCUGGAGAGGUAGUGUACAUAACGGGAUGUGGGGCCUGAAAUUCUGUGCAUUGUGCCUAAUUUUUUUGGCCACAUUUCUCAUUCCAGUCCGAGAUAAUAAUAGCGAUGCACGGACUAUAUUCGUGGUUACUCUUGUUGCUGUCUUGGCAGCCUUGGCGUUCAUAAUUAUCAAGAUGGUUUUGAUUAUUGCAGUGAUUCGGGAGUGGUGUUACAAAUGGUUGAAGACUUUAUCAAAAGCAGCGAAGAAAUGUGUGACUUGGGCUAUGUUUUUGACUUCCCUUGGUAUCCUAAUUGCUGUUGGCUUUGGUUUCAAGUUUGUGUAUGAAAACUACAACAGGCAUGAAUGGUGCUCUUACAAUCUGCCCGUAAUCAUUGCCAAUGGAGUUUUAUGCCUCUUUCUUGUGAUAGUAUCAAUUACUAAUGAUGGAUCUUCUGAUGAUAAAGUUGUGGAGCAAUAUUGUGGUCCAUCUCUUAGUACAACUGUAUCAAACAAUGCUAUUAUCUGUUAUGUUGGUAUCUUUAUGGCCUUUGCGGCGGUUAUUAAAGAAACGUAA